AUGUUCGGUGUUAUUCCUACCAAUGUUUCGACCGGUGGUGAAAUCAUUGAAUGGGGAGGGAACGUGACCGACUCGGCCAUGAUCAUGUUCUUCAUCCUAGCGUGCCUUACAGCACUCGUCAACACCACGCUCGCAAUGCUGGUUUCCCUACGGCUAUACCUGCAUCAGAAGCACACGCGCAAGAUCCUUGGGAGCGAGUACGGUUCACCUUACUCGAGGAUAAUCACGAUUUGCAUUGAAGCCUGCGCGCUGAUCGUGAUCUGCGAGUGCUUGUUCAUCGUUCUGUUUUUCGUGCCCGGGAGGUCGUCCACUAUUCCAGAGCAGCUGAUGGUUCACGUUUCGGUUAUAUCUCCCUUGCUGAUCAUUUCGCGCACUGCGCGAGGCAAGGACGCCAUCAGCACCCUCCGACGCGAGCAGACCCUCCGAGAAGGCGCCCAAGAGAGACAAUUAAGGUUAGAGACCUUGCGCUUCAGCUCUUCGGAGGGGUCACUGGUGGAUCAAGUAACCAACGGUGUGGAGGUUGGCCGACAGGAUGUCUGCAUUUCGGUCAGCGGAGCUCCUGAUCGAGAGGAGUGCUAG